AGUUCUGAGAAAGGGUACCCUGUGGAAUACUGGACAUACUUCUACCCACGGCACUCAAUUGCAAACAUGUGCGGGUCCUUUGUCAAUGGCCACCUGGUGGUUACAUUGGGGGUGGAUAUUUUGCGGAAGCUUCGCAACCAAGGUUACACUGGUACACUGCCUAGACUUCAAGAAGCACCACUACUACUGCUGCUGCUACUACUACCGCUGACUGCCACAUGGCAGACCUGAUGACCUUCGGAAGCCGCGGUGUCUUUUCGGGCGUGGCCCAAGCGGUCGCGGUCGCCGUCGCGGUGUGCCGAGAGCGGCAAUGGUGGAGCUGUGCUCGGCGAUGUCGGGUGAAGUGGUGGCACAGCUGGCUGCCAUGGAGCUCGAAGAGAAGGUGGUGAAGGAGUUGAAGAGGCAUGUGGCCAAGGCGAUCGGAGCCUCGAGGUUUCAACAGAGAUGGUUCUAUGAAGACUACGCUGAGAUUGGAGAUGAUGCGGUUCUUCUACCUCCUUUGAAGGUGCUAUUGGUGGUGCUCAGUCUGCUGGAAGAUGAGUGCCAGGGUCAACGGCUCAUCUUGGCAUGUGUUGCAGAUCGCUGGAAAGAAGUUGAAGUGCUACUGCAGAAGCCUUUGGCCCCAGACUUCAUCCUUGAGAAUUACCAGACGGCGCUGCACGUGGCUGCUGUGAACGGGCAUGGCCAGUCCUUAGGUCUCUUGCUGGAAGCUGGUGCGGACAAAGACAAGCUUACCGCUCAUGGGGAAACAGCACUGCAUCUGGCAACUCAGAAUCGACAUCAAGGAGUGGUGCAGCUAUUGCUUGAGGCUGAGGUUGACAUUAGCACAGGCCGCGUGGCAGAUGACUACCAAGCUUUGCAUAUUGCAUCUUCACGUAAUCACCAGGAGAUAGUGCAGCACCUCCUUGCCGCCCGCGCAGACCACGAAGCGGUCACAACCAGUGGCCACACAGCACUUUCAUUGGCAGCAGCCAGAGGUCAUCUGGAAGUUGUCCGCUUGCUUCUCCAGACAAAUGUCAAACACAAGUCCUAUUCUCGGUGGGCAACAGCUUUGCAUUUUGCAGCCUUGCGGAAUCACGUGGAGAUUGUGCAGUUGUUGCUGGAAUUGGGGGUGAAAAAGGACGUGAAGAUCAUAGUAAAUGAUCAAACUGCGCUGCAAGUUGCAGUAGUCAAUGGUCACCUGGAAGUUGUUCGGCUGCUGCUGCAGGCAGAUGAAGAUAUAGAUUAUGACGCAGUGAAUGGUAAGUCGGCCUUGUAUUUGGCAGCCAUGAACGGCCAUGCGGAGAUUGUGCAACUGCUGCUGCGAUAUGGUGCAAACACGGACCAAAGGCAACUCAUUGGUGAUGGCAGAACUGUUUUGCAUCUUGCAAUUCAGAAAGGGUAUGUGGAAAUUACUGAGAUACUGCUUGAGGCGAAGGCUGACGCAGACAAGGCUGAUAAUGACGGCUUGACAGCUUUGCAUGCCGUAGCUCAAACCGGCUGCCCAAGAAUUACACAGCUGCUAUUGAAUGCCAAGGCAGACAAAGACAGACGUACUGAUGACAGAAAAACAGCUUUGCAUUUGGCAACUGCGAAUUGCCACACAAAAGUUGUCCAGAUGCUCCUCAAGGCUCAGGCGAAGCAAGAUGAGGCGAUGAAAGAUGGGACGACUGCUAUACACUUGGCCGCUUUGGCGGGCCAAACCGAAGUUGUACGCUGGUUCAUCAUGUUCCGUGCAGACAUAGACAAGGGGAAAGUUGACAAUGAAACGGCGCUGCAUUUGGCUGCAGAAAACGAUCACCUCCCAGUUGUACGGCUGCUGCUCAAUGGAAAUGCCGACAAAGAUAGGGUGAAAUCUGAUGGGGCAUCAGCUUUACAUUUGGCAGCUGUGGAGGGCCAUCUCAGGAUCGUGGAUUUGUUGCUGGAAUUUGGUGCAGAUCAGGAGUUGGUCAGAGGUGACAGCGGAACAGCUUUGCAUUUGGCAGUUUGGAAAGGGUAUUUUCCGAUUGUGGUGCUGUUGCUUGGGGCCAAGGCUGACGCUGACAAGGCUGACAAUGACGGUUUGACAGCGUUGCACGUGGCAGCUCAAAGCGGCUGCCCAAGACUGACACAGCGGUUGCUGAAGGCGAUGGCAGACAUAGACAAAGUGACUCAUGAUAUGACAACAGCUUUGCAUUUUGUAGCUGCCAGUGGCCACCUGGAAGUUCUUCAGAUUUUGCUCAAGUGCGAUGCUGACACAGAGACGAUGAGAUUGGAUGACGGUCAAACGGCUUUGCACAUGGCAACUGCAAAUGACCAUCCAAAGGUUGUCAAGAUGCUUCUAGAAGCAGGGGCAAAUAAAGAUAGACCUACGAAAGAAGGGAUAACUGCUUUGCAUUUGGCAGCUACAAGUGGCCACACAGAAGUUGUGCAGCUGUUGCUGAUGGCAGGCGCAAACACAACAAAGUCUUUGCACUUUGCAGCUGAAAAGGGGCACCUUGAGGCUGUUGAGAUGCUGUUGAAGGCUGGUGCAAACAGCAGCGAGACUCGAAUGGAGGAUGGGGCAACGGCCUUGCACUUUGCAGCUUUCCAUGGCCACCUUGACAUUUUGCGGCUGUUGCUCGUGUUUGGUGGGGAGAAAGACGUGGCUAUGAACAAUGGUGCAACUGCUUUGCAUUUGGCAGCUUACAAGGGCCACUUUGAAGCUUUGCGGCUCUUGUUAAGUUUUGGAGCUGAUGCAGAGAAGCGCACAGCAGAUGGGUUGACCGCCUCGCAAGUUGCUUCUUCGUGUGGCCACUUCAGGUGCUGGUCCGUUUUGACGACAUGAACAGAGUGCGCUGUGCAGACAGUAGAUUCAGUAGAUGGGAGACAUCAUGAGGCAGCUCAAAGUCAAAAGUUUUGGGAGCUCGACUCUCGACCUACUUUCUACAAGG